AUGACGCUGUCGUACCGCGACUACCCGGAGGCGGAGGGUGAUUCACGUCCCGGCACACCGUCUUCGUUUCCCGAUCAUUCGAGCGAGGGACCGCAUGCCAACUUUUUGUCUUCCGAUACCCCAAACGAAGAAACCGGUUCCGACUCCCGUGAUGAUUCGACCGGGCCGAGUUCCAAGACGCGUUGGUCUGAGAAAGUUCGCCGUGGCGCGACUACCGCAGGCAAGGGUCUGGCAGUUGGAGUUGGGUCAAUCGUUGCGGGGGCGGUCUACGUAGCGAUGACUCCUGUCGGGUUUAUAUCGACGAGCUUUCUGCAGGCUUCGGAGUCCGUACUGGAUUGGGCACGUCGAGCCGAAUUUGGCAGUGGAGAAUCCGAAGGGAAAAAAGCUCGCAAUCCAGAACAAGCAAAAGACAUCGGGAAAGAGAGAGACCGUGAGGGUUUCGAGAAAGAAUUCAGACAUGUAGCCGUCUGUGGACCGGCGGGCAGCGGAAAAUCGUCAAUAAUCAACGCUCUUAUGGGUCUACGAAACAAAGACGAUGGCGCGGCUAAUACCGGUUUUGUCGAGACAACUGAGCGGCAAGAGAAAUACCCCGCCCAUCCUAGUUUUGGUCGGAUUAUGCUGCACGAUUGCCCCGGGGCCGGAACGAUUCGCUGCCCGGCCGAAAACUAUAGCAAGACACAGAAGUUGCAUCUAUUCGACAUGGUGCUUAUUGUGCAUGGAGACCGAUCCGGUGAGAUCGAGGUUGCUACUAUGCGAUUCUGUAUCGCCCGUCAACUGCCGUGCGUCGUUCUACGAUCCCGAUCCGACGAAUUUAUAAACCGCAUCAAAAGGGACGACGAUGUCGAAACCUGCGAAGCCAAGGACAUGUAUGUCAAGGAUAGUUUGGAAGCCUUCAAGGACGAGCUCCGUCGUGCUCUCCUCAGUGAAAAGGAUCUCGAUCAGGUAGCGAACCGCUACAUGCUGGUGAACAAUCAUGAUCUGCGGGGGCUCACAAUUAAACCUCGAAACCAAUGGCCAACACACAAAGGCGAGAUAGAGAUUGACGAGCGAAACCUCAUUGAGUUUUUAAGGCAUCUGGGCGGGAGGGCGGCCUAG